CCAGAAACGCGCGCCGUAGUAAAUAUCGCCAGCGUAUCUGCCCAUUGCAGUCAGAAGCAGCACUGGACGUACAACAGUAGCAAAGGGGCGAUCUUACAGCUUACCAAGUGCAUGGCGCUUGACCUAAUCAAAGACGGAAUACGGGUCAACUCUGUUUCUCCUGGAAUAAUUAAUACCCCUGCUCUUGACGCUAUCGUUGGAAGUGACGAAAUUCAGAGAGCGUUUUACGGUAGCACCCACAUGAUGAACCGAAACGGUGAAUGUUCGGAAAUUGCCGCCGCCAUUGUCUUCCUCUGCAGCAGAGACGCUUCCUUUAUCACUGGCGCUGAUCUCUCGGUAGAUGGCGGUUACACAGCGAUGGGACCUGAACGACACGGCCAGGACGGCCCUAAUUUUACCGCAGCCAUUCCGGAAUAAUAGCAAUAGUUGAUGAACAGGGCUGGGGCGUUCAGCAGUCCAAACGGCAACUACCAACAAACUAGGUUAUACCUCAUAUAAUAUCGUCAUAUGCAUG